CGGUCCUCCAGGCGGGCCCUUCCGGUCAUCCAGCGGCGGCGGCUUCCGGUGUUCCCGACGGAGCGGAGAGAAACAAGGAGCCGGAGCCGGGGGGUGCGACGGAGGAACAAAGCCUGAACGGAUUUCAAACCUCCCCCCGCGGCUGCAAAGUCCCAGCAAUUAACUUUUAACGCCCUGACAGAGUUGGAAGUGAGUUCGUCGUCUGUCCGCGAGAGGAGCGCUUCAGGAUUCGCGCCGGAACGAGAAGGAGAGAGCAAACCGUGCGAACGUUCGGAAGCCGACAGACGCCUGGCGGAAGACACGGACCUCCGUCGGUCGGAGGGCCCCUGACUCUCCCCUCCCCCCCGUCGGGCGAUUUUCCCCCCCGCCUCGCCGGGCGGGGGCGGGCGGGACGCCAUGUCCGGGGCGGCGGGCAAGAGGGCGUCCCCAGAGGCCGGGGCAGAGAAGUCGUCGGCGAUGGAGCCACCGGCCGGGAGCUCGGGGACCAAGGUGGAGACCAUCAAGCUGGGCAGUGACGCCUCCACGGAGGAGGUAGACAUCCGCACCCUGCAGGCGAGGAACCGGAAGCUCUCCGAAGUCCUGGACCAGCGUCAGAGCAUCGAGGACGAGCUGCGGGACCUCAUCGAGAAGCUAGUGAAGAGGCAGGCCACCGACGACGCCACCCUCCUCAUCCUUAACAGAUACUGGUGUCAGUUCGACGAGAACCUCCGCAUCAUCCUGCAGCGCUGGGACGCGGAGCAGCAGCCCCGGGACGUCCCACCGGAGAAGAAGACCCCCUCCCAGUGCGAUCCUGAGGCGGAGCCCGAGGGCGGGCAGGACGGCGAGCGCCGGGAGGACCGGGAGAGAGCUCCGGGUGAGGCCACUCUGCCCUUCCUGGCCCUGCUGGCCAGCAGCACGGCGGAGGAGAUGGAGCAGCAGCUGCAGGAGAGGGUGCGGCGGUCGGAGGAGGCGGUGGGCCGGGCGAUGACGGCCGGCGAGAGGCUGCGGGAGCACGUGCAGGGGCUGGCCCAGCGAAUGGGCCAUGCCGAUCCCUCACAGCGGGAGGAGGCGCUGAGGGAGCUGAACUCGCUGCUGUCGCGUCAGAACCAGCGGCUGGUCGAGCUGACGCAGUUCCUGCAGGAGUGUCACGGCAAGAUGUCGCAGGAGUUUUCCGAGCUGCAGAACCGGAUCGAGCAGGCAGACGACCGGGUGUCCGACAUGCAAACGGCCAUCGAGGAUCUGCAGUGGGACACGGACAAGAUCCGGAAACGGGAGCAGCGUCUGAACCGACACCUGGCGGAGGUCCUCGAGCGGGUGAAAUCAAAAGGGUACAAGGUGUACGGCGGUUCCAGCAAUCUGUACGGCGGAACAGUCACGAUUAAUGCAAGGAAGUUCGAGGAGAUGAACUCGGACCUGGAGGAGAACAAGGAGCUGGCCGUGAACCGGCUGAGCGAGCUGGAGAAGCUCCAGCUCGACCUCCAGCUGGUGGCCGAGGAGAACAUGAGGCUGAGGGAGGAGUUGCGCAGCCGGGCCAGCGAGGUGGUGAGGGAGACGCCGGACUUCCGGUGCCUGCAGUCGCAGUUCUCGGUGCUGUACAACGAGAGCCUGCAGGUGAAGGCCCAGCUGGACGAGGCGCGCUCCCUGCUGCUGGCCACCCGCUCCACCCACCACCGCCAGAUCCAGCAGAUGGGCGGCGACGAGCUGGGACUGCAGAAGAAGCUGAGAUCAGAGGUGAUGCAGCUGGAGGACACGCUGGCCCAGGUGCGCAAGGAGUACGAGAUGCUGCGGAUCGAGUUCGAGCAGACGCUGGCCGCCAACGAGCAGGCGGGGCCCAUCAACCGGGAGAUGAGACACCUCAUCAGCACGCUGCAGACCCACAACCACCAGCUGAAGGGCGACGUUCAGCGCUACAAGCGCAAACAACGCGACACGCACGGCGAGCUGGCCAAGUUCCGGCGCAAGGCCUGGGAGGCCCACAGCGAGCUCGGAGCGUCACGUCUACGAGCCCCUGUCGCCUCCCAGGCCCCGCCCGCCGACCCCAUUAAGAGGGAGCCCGAGGACCCUCCCCCCAGCAAGAGGCCGAGGGUCGCGGGCGGCGGGGGGCCGGCGGCCGCUGGGGCUGGGGCGGGGGCCGCGGAGGAGGAGGAUGCCGAGGGGGUCGAGCAGGAUCUGGCGGAGGCGGCCGGAGCCCGGGCCCGCAAGCUGCAGGAGGACGCCGAGGAGCGGGAGCGGGAGCGCGAGCGGCGGGAGAGAGAGCGGCCCCGCGAGAAGGGGAGGGAGAAGGAGGCCGAGAAGGGCAAGUCCGACGAUGGCAAGCGCAAGGAGGGCGAAGCGGUCAAGCAGAUGAGAGCAGAGCUCAAGCGAGCCCAGGAGAGCCAGAAGGAGAUGAAGCUGCUGUUGGACAUGUAUCGCUCGUCGCCGAAGGAACAGAGGGACAAGGUGCAGCUGAUGGCCGCAGAGAAGAAGGCCAAGUCCGAGCUGGAGGCCCUCAAGGUGCGCCUGAGGGAGCUGGAGGAGAAGGAACGGCUGGAGGGGCGGCGGAUGGCGGACGCGGAGGCCCUGCACCGCAUGAAGGUGGCCGACGAGCACAUGGAGGUGAUGCUGAAGAAGGUGGCGCUGGCCAAGCAGGUGUGGAGACGGGGCGCGCGGCGGGGCGGGGAUUCGAACCAUCCCUAACUCCCCCCACAACAG